UGCCUCACGUGGUGGCUGCGGCGUCAGAGGGGCAUCUCCGAUCAUGGACGAACCACCCUCUGAUGUGCUCGCAUUCUUGCGCCAGCACCCCAGCUUGAGACUACUGCCCAACACCCACAAGGUUCGCUGCUCCCUAACUGGCCAUGAGCUGCCCUGCCGUCUGCCGGAGCUCCAGGUCUACACCCGCGGCAAGAAGUACCAGCGGCUGUCAAGUGCCUUCUCUAACUUCGAUUACGCAGCUUUCGAGCCACACAUUGUGCCCAGCACAAAGAAUCGGCACCAACUCUUCUGCAAACUCACCCUGAGGCACAUCAAUAAAUCCCCAGAACAUGUGCUGAGGCACACCCAGGGCCGGAGGUAUCAGAGAGCACUUCAUCAAUAUGAAGAGUGUCAGAAACAAGGUGUGGAGUAUGUCCCUGCCUGCCUUCUACACAAGAGGAAGAAGAGGGAGGACCAGACGAAUGGUGAUGAGCUCCCAGGCCAGAGAACAGGUUUCUGGGAGCCAGAUUCCAGUGACGAGGGAGGCGCCUGGAGCGACGACAGCAUGACAGACCUAUAUCCGCCUGAGCUGUUCACAAAGAGAGAACCAGGCAAGCCUGAGAACGGUGACACUCCUGAAGACUUUCUGACAGACCAACAGGAUGAGAAGCCGGAGCAUUCAGAAGAGAAGAGCACUAGAGAGAGAGGAGAGGCCAGAGUGGGCCACAAGAGGGGCCGUAACCUGAGGAAGAAGCAGCUCACCUCCUUGACCAAGAAGUUCAAGAGCCAUCAUCACAAGCCCAAGAACUUCAGUUCCUUUAAGCAACUGGGGAGAUGAAGCCUGCAAAAGAAAGCCUUUGGAUGUCCUUGGAACUGGCCACUGAUGUCCUGACAUUGGCUGUUGUCCAGAGUGGGCCUGGGGGUUCUGUUCAGAAGAUGUCAGCGGCAGGGACUUGAAGAUUCCUCUCCAUGCAUGGCUUUCUCUGUAGUGUUCAGUGACCCUUGCUAUAGCUCACUAUAGCAUCCUGAAACCUAGCCAGGUUCCGGCUCUGGCUGGUCACCACAUAGGAUCACACUAUAUACCACAAAUGCCAUUAUUUAUUUUGAUGUUUCCAAAGAUCAAAACAUUUUCAAACACAACUAAGAUAUAAAAUACAGCAUAAAAAUGAGGUUUAUACCUAUUCCCACAUAAAGCUAAAGCAUCUUCAGAAAACGUUUGCCAAACCAAUAUGUAUUAUCAUUUUUACCAAACCAAUAUGUAUAUCAUUGUUUUCUCCCGUCCCAGGCGUACCCCACAGGAGGCUGGUCAAAGGGCUGGGUACCCCUGGGACGAGGGCUUCUGCUGCACACCAUGCACUUGCCUCCCUCCCAGGGUCUGCCCCACUCCACAGACUGGAAUGUCAUGGGGCUACCACUGCAGGUGGCUGUACACUGAGGCAGCUCUGUGGUAAAGAAAUAGCAUGGCCUGGGCCACUGCUGGAACUCACUUGGGAGGAACAGGCAGGCCAUAAGGCUGCAAUAAAACAUGGGCUUGAUGUUGAAAAGGUGGAUUCAGCCUGCAGAGCCAGCAAGACAAGGGACUGACCCAAGGUGACUCAGAGAACAAAGUCCUGCCUACCCAGCUGAUGCCAGAAAGGAGGAACUCCGAGACUCUGUACCCAAGGGUGAGGUAAGCUGCCAGCUUCCCUCCAGGGGUUCUAAGUCUGUCUGUUCUCUCCAACAGACCUGGGAGAGAUCCAGGAGGAACCCAACUACCCUCAUGGCACUACCAUGCAGAUGAGCAAGACCACAGCAUUAGACACCCCACCCCUCCCCCAAAAAGAGAAACACGGUGUAAGGCAAUGUUAGAAAACUUUAAAUACAGGACUGAGAUCAAAUUGGUAAGGCAUCACAAAUUGUAAAAAGUAUCUUGGCUGCAUCCAGCAGAGCAAGUUGACAAAAAUCUGAGCAAGCAACAGCCUCAGGGGAAUGGUGGCAUCAGGGCUGUCGAUGGGGUCAGCUCAGCCUGGAACAGGGAGUUAAGCUGGGGGUUGGGGGACCACAACCUGUGGAGUUCAGGCCUUGCUCUGAGAAGGUCAAGUGUGAGGUAACUGGGUUGAGCCUGGGUGUCUUGAGUACUGGGGCUCCUCACUUCCGGGCCUCAUGGCAUCGCUGUUCCCCGGGCUGGCUCCAUGGUGGUUGUGUGGGCCCGUCCUGUGAGCAGCCUGCUUUCCUGCCCUUUCCACCACCAAGCUUGAGGGAUAGCAGCUUUCUAAGAACUUCCUGCUACUUACCCCAUCCCAUCCCUGCUUGGAGCCAUGGAAACUCCCAAGGUACCUUUCACCCAGUAAACAGCAUCCAGCUGGCUAACAUCAAGGACAUGGGCUGGCAGUAACACCCACCUUUCCAAUACUGUACUGUUCUUGACUUGGUUUCUCUAACAUCUUCACUGAUCCUAUAAAAUACAGGGGCAGAAGCAGUGCUGGGGCCACUGGUAGAAUUCUGAACUGGAGGUUUAACCGUUUGUUUGGUGUUUGGCUGGACUAUCCUAAGUCAUUUAGUAGUUUGAGCUAAGGAUGUAAACUCAAAACUAAGGAGGGAAACUGCUUUGAAUGAUAAAGUACAGCUCAGUAUGACUUCCCCAAAAGGAACAGGAGGAAUGAGGCCACAGCCCAGCACACUGUCUUCUCCAAGCCUUGGCUAAGGAGUGACCAUCCAGCUGGCCAGCCCUGGACAGUCAGACUCCAGACUAUUUCCAAAGAUUUUACCUCCAAUUUUCAGGUGUCUGCAAAUAAAGUUCUCAAAACAUCUGUGCCUUUACCAAGGGAGGGGAAGGGAAAAGGACACAUAAACACUGGCAGUUUGUUGACUCUACCCUGAACCAGUCCAGGGCCUUGUGCCUCAGCCAGGGAGGGGAGGGAUCUGUGUGUUACCACUCUUUCUUCUUCUCAUCCAUGGAGACACCCCCUGGACCAAGAGCCACCACCAGGAGCAGGCCUCCAAUCACUGACAUGGUCUGGAAGAAGUCGUAUUUCAGGAAGUCGUGCAUGGGUUUAUAUACCGGGAUUGUCCAGAAGGCGUUGAAAUACACGUUGAUGGCAAACAGCCAGACGACAAGAGUCAAAGCUGCCAGCUUGGUUUUAAAACCAAUGGCUACUAAGAUCAUCAGAGCUGUGCCCACAAUGUUCUGGAUAAU